UCUGACCCGGCCAGCAGGGAGCAGCAGAGGUGAGGAAGAGGAGGAGCGGCUCCAGCGAGGAAUGACUGGCAGCUGGGAGGCGGAGCCUAACGUGGGGGUCAGAGCCGACGGCAGAGAGACGCUCAGACGGCUCCGAGGCGGGAUCAUGGUUCUGACGGCCGGCUGCACCCAGCAUGGACUCUGAAUCGUUGGACCGCUGCAUCCAGAAGGUUCUGGCAGCGCUCUACCCGCCCUUCCAGGCCACGUCGCCCUCCCUGCUGGCUCAGGUCCUCAGCGUGGUGGACAGCAGCUUCACAGGAGACGGCCUCCGCUACCUCAUCCACUUCCUGCUCCCUUCCAAGCAGCUUCUGCAGCUCCUCCAGCAGGAAGCCUGUUCUCCCUUCUCUGGUCUGCUGUUCCGUCAUGAAGGCUGGCCUCUGUGCAUCCAUGAGAAGAUAGUGGUCCAGCUCUGUGCUCUGGACCAGCACCUCCUCCAUCCAGGAGACUUCUACCUGCUGGUUUCUCCUGCUGCCGCUGCUGGAGGCGCCUCCUGCAGGAGCAGCGUCUCCGUCAGGCCCCGCCUGCUCCUGUGCAGCGUUUCUGCGGGCGGCCGUCAUGUGGAGCAGCAGGAGGUGCCGGUCCAAGCUCUGACGGCGCUCUUCAGCAUGGCCUGGCUGGACUCUGUGAACCGGGACAGGGAGCGGCGAGGAGCCGCCAGGCUGGAGCGCUGUGUCCUCCAGGCCCACGGAGACGUCUUCAGGGUCCCCUGGGAGGACGUGGUCCACCCGCAGUUCAUCACUCGGCCCCAGAACACCUCCACCCAGGGGGGCGGGGCCUCUGCGAGGGCCGGCGACGAUCCGGACCGCUCCAGGAUGGAUGUGAAGCUCCUCCCGUUUCACAGCACAGCCAGCCAAUCAGCAGCGAGCAGCGACGACUCGGAGGGGGAGUACGUGGAGCUGACGGAGCUGCCGGCGCCUCCUCGUUUCUCCCCCCAGAAAGGCUCCCUGACCCAGUCCAUCAGCCUGCAGCACCGAGCCAGAACCUCAGCGCAGCCCGAUGGGGAGACGCAGAGGAGGCGGAGCUCUGAGGUCCGUCCAGCAACGCCUCCUGCUGCCCUCAGCUCACACACGCUGCAGUGCUCCAGACUCCUGGAGGAGACCUUCAGCCUCCACAGGCCUCCUGGUGUGCAGGAGCAAGCAGACGCUGAAAGCUGCACGCAGCGCCCAGAAGGUUCCAGCUGUCAGCGUUCCCCGGUCCAGUUACACCCCGGUUCUGGUUCAGAAGAACCGGUAGCUGGCCCGACCCAGUCGCCCCAGUCCAGGUUCUACAGCGUGCUGCUGGGUUCUGGAGCUGUGUGCCUGCCUGGAACCAGAGACAGAGCGGGACGAGCUCUGCUCACCGUCUCCGCCUGCAGCCCCGUGUGGGCGGACCCAGACUGCCACGGCGCCGAGCUGCUCCGCCUCCUGCGCUACUACACCUCCACCCUCAGGGCGGAGUCUCGCGCCAAGGGGCUGACGGUGGUGGUGGACGCUCGGGAAGCUGUUCCUGGUUCUGGUCCUGGUUCUGCUCCUGGUUCUGCUCCUGGUUCUGCUCCUGGUUCUGCUGCUGGUUCCGCUCCUGGUUCCGCCCUCCUCUCGGCCCUCCGGGCCCUUCAGGAGGACUCGCCGGGCUCCAUCCACACAGUUUUGGUCCUGGCCACCAAGGACUCUUCGCUGCGUCUGGACCGGGCCGGUCCUGCUCAGGUGGAGGUGCUGAGCUCCCUGAAGUCCCUGCAGAGACACGUGGAGCUGCAGCAGCUUCCUGCAGAGUUGGGAGGAUCGUUGAGCUUCAGCCAGAGCAGCUGGAUCAGCUUCAGACGGAGGGUUGAGCAGCUGACCACACAGUGCAGCAGCGUCAUCGAUCUGCUGCGGGACGCCAUCAGCAACCUGCAGAGCACACCUUUACCUGCUGUUGCCGAGGAUGCAGAGCCGCUGCUGUCUAGGUGCAAGCUGCUGAUGUGCUGCACCCUGGAAGACGUCCGACUGGUGCGGCUGCAGCAGGAGGGCGGGGCCUCUCUGGCGUGGCUGCGCAGGGAGGGGGGCGGCGGCGCGGCGGAGGAGCAGCGGGCGGCGGUGGAGACGGUGUCGGCUCUCUACGAUCAGGUGGACGAGCUGCUGCACCGCCUGGUUACUCUGUCCAACUCCAGGACGCAGGAGCUCCGCUUCAUCCAGGAGUUCAGGAGCCUGGAGCAGGGCUUCAGCCAGGUGAGGUUGUGGCUGGACCAGGUCGGGGAGGUCCAGUUGAAGACUCUGAAUGAACCUGCAGAUUCUCUGGACCUUCUGAACCAGAAGCUGCAGGACUUCAAGGAGUUCCACACCACAGCCUACGACCACUGUAAACGGGGCGAGGUUCUGCUGGCCCGUCUGGAGCGCUGGGAUGACGUCUCCUCACCACAACUCCACAGCUACGAGGUCAAAGUUCACGCCUUCUGGGCCCAGCUGCAGGACUUCUCCCAGCGGGUCAAAGGAACCGGGCAGAACAUCGAGCGGGCCGUGCAGCUGUACCGCUUCCUGGAUCAGGCCUAUGGCUGGGCCAUGGAGGGAGCACGGCAGCUCGAUCGCAUCUCCACGGACGACUGCUUGCUGCCAGAUAAAUGCCGUGCCGUGAUUGGCUGCCUGGAAGACUACAGGUUGAAGCAUCCACCAAUCCCAGAGAGCCGCUUCCAGGAGAUGAAGGCGGAGGCCGGGGAGCUGCGUGGCGAGCGCGGCCUCUGCCAGUGGAGCUUCGCCUGGUCCAAGUGUCAGGAGGCCGAGAAGACGUUCCACAGGAAGAUGGAGGCGGCGCUCAGGACGCGGGACUCCGCCCACCGGCACCGCUCCAACUCUGUCAUCAGCAUAAGCUCCGCCUCCUCCAGGAAGUCAGGGCUGUGGGGAAUCUCUGAGACCUCCGCCUCCCCCCCCACCCCCCAGAGGACACCUUUCUUCCGCCGUCUGCUCCGAAGCUCCUCCUCCUACGAGGAGUCGGAGCGGCCGGACGCCUCCUCCCCCCCCAGCCUCCCCUCCUCCUCCUCCUCCUCCUCCUCCUCCAGGAGGCAGCAGCUGAGGAAGACUCAGAGCUUCGACUGUCCGCCCACGCCGGACGCCUCGCGGUGCGCCGCCUUUCCUCGGACCCUCAGCGAGCCGCCGCGCCGCGGCAACACGGGCGUCUUCAUCCGCGGCCUGGAGGUCAGCAGCACCGAGGCGGCGGACCGGACGCUGUGCCCCAGGACGCCGGCGCAGGGCUGGGCGGCGCCGCGGACCGCCGGGAGCCCCGCCGGGAGCCCCGGGGCGUCCCCAGGGGACGGGCGCCCCAGAGGAAGCAAACUGCGGCACAUCGUGGAGGAGAUGGUGACCACGGAGCGCGAGUACGUGCGCUCGCUGCAGUACAUCAUCCGCCACUACUUCCCAGAGAUGGAGCAGGCCGACCUUCCUCAGGACCUGAGAGGGAAGCGCUCCAUCAUCUUCGGCAACCUGGAGAAGCUGCUGGACUUCCACAGCCAGUUCUUCCUGAGCGAGCUGGAGGCCUGCUGGAGGCACCCGCUGAGAGUGCCGCACUGCUUCCUGAGACACCAGGAGCAGUUCAGACUCUACGCUCUGUACAGCAAGAACAAACCCAAAUCUGACGCCCUGCUGGCUCACCACGGCCACGCCUUCUUCAGGAGGAAGCAGCUGGAGCUGGGCGAUAAGAUGGACCUGUCCUCCUACCUGCUGAAGCCCAUCCAGAGGAUGAGCAAGUACGCCCUGCUGCUCUCUGACCUCAUCAAGGAGGUGGGCGUGGCCCAGGAGGCGGAGCUUGCUGCGCUGCAGGACGCCACCAACAUGGUCAAGUUCCAGCUUCGCCACGGCAACGACCUGCUGGCCAUGGACGCCAUCAGGAACUGUGAGGUGGACCUGAAGGAGCAGGGUCAGCUGAUCCGUCAGGACGAGUUCACGGUGUGGAGCGGCCGCAGGAAAUGUCAGCGCCGCAUCUUCCUCUUCCAGGAGAUGGUUCUGUUCAGCAAGCCCAAGAAGAUGGAGGGAGGCCUGGACGUCUUCAUCUACAAGCACUCCUUCAAGACGGCGGAGGUGGGUCUGACCGAGUCCAGCGGGGACAACGGGCUCCGGUUCGAGGUCUGGUUCCGGAGGCGGACCGCCAAGAACCAGACCUUCGUGCUGCAGGCGGCCUCGCCGGACAUCAAGCGGGCCUGGACCGGCGACCUGGCCCGCAUCCUGUGGACCCAGGCGGCCCGCAACAAAGAGACGCGUCUGAAGGAGAUGGUGUCGAUGGGCGUGGGGAACAAACCCUUCCUGGACAUCCAGCCGAGCGACGCCGCCAUCAGCGACCGCGCCGUCCACUACAUCAUGAAGGCCAGAGGGGCCAGAACCAGGGCGUCCAUCGCCGUGUCGACCUUUGACCACGCCCACCCCUUCCAGCGAGGAGGUGGCGGCGAGGCGGCAGCAUCAGGACCGUCCUCCUGCAGCCUGCUGGGCUCGCUCAACCUGCACAUGUUCAGGUAGGAGUCACACCUGCAACACCUGCGCCGCCUUUCACAGGUUCUCACCUCCUCCUCCUCCUGCAGCCAGGCGCUCCCCUCUGCUCCUCCUGCCGACGCCUCCUUCUGCUCCUCAUGCAUCGAGGAAGACGAGCAGGAGCACGAGACCAGCAGCCAGCCCUCCAUGACCACAGAAAGUUCUGGUUCCUCCUCCCACUGCCUCUCAGGCUCCACCGGGUCUGACAGCGGCUGCGUCUCCUCCCACCUGCAGGAGGCGCUGCAGGAGGAACCCAGCGCCUCCUGCCGGCCCCCCUCCUCCUCCUCCUCCAAUCAGCACCAGGACUUCCUCUCACCUAAAACUGCUGCAGUCGUCAGUCCCGCCACGACCGUGUGACGCCGUGACAUCAUCAGCACGCCGUGACAUCACCAGCACGCUGUGACAUCACCAGCACGCCGUGACAUCACCAGCACGCCGUGACAUCAUCAGCACGCCGUGACAUCACCAACACGCCGUGACAUCACCAGCACGCCGUGACAUCAUCAACACGCCGUGACAUCACCAACACGCCGUGACAUCAUCAGCACGCCGUGACAUCACCAGCACGCCGUGACAUCACCAGCACACCGUGACAACAUCAACACGCCGUGACAUCACCAGCACGCCGUGACAUCAUCAACACGCCGUGACAUCACCAGCUCGCCGUGACAUCACCAGCACGCCGUGACAUCAUCAGCACGCCGUGACA